GCAUGAAUGAUGAUGGUAAAGCAAAGAAGAGACAAGUUUGAUUGUAUUACAUUUACAUGUGAAAAUGCGUUACUUUGUCAGCUUAUGACUUAUUGCAGGCACAAAGAGUGAGAAGUGAUUAGCAGUGUGACCAGUCCCCAGUCCAGGUAAUUUUAAUUUUAUAACUGGCUGACACCAUACAUACCGUCACAAUUACAAUUACAAUUACAAUUACCUGUGUUGUGUUUCGGAAACUAUUGCUCCUCUUUAUUGCAUCAUGUCAUAUCACCAUAAUUAUAACAAUUUUUAAUUUAUAGGCCUACAAUUAAUUAUUAAAUAGAGGAAACCCCUGCGUUGCCCUCACACACACACUCUGUCCCUUUCUUUCUCUCAGAUCUAAACCCAAAAAAUUCAGCUCAGGUCUUUCUAAUAUGUGACUCAACUCAACCUUUUGCUUUUCGUUAAUUCACUGAGAGACACGAAUAAAAUAAACACAAAACAUUAGCGUCAAGAGUGUUGUGAAUCGAUUCAAUGAAGGAAACAGACAAGACGUUGGAUCCGCAGCUGUGGCACGCCUGCGCCGGCGCCAUGGUUCAGAUGCCGCCAGUCAACUCCAAAGUAUUUUACUUUCCGCAGGGGCACGCCGAACACGCGCACUCCAACGUCGAUUUCACUUCCUCGCCGCUUCGGGUUCCGCCGCUUAUUCUCUGCCGCGUGGCCGCGGUCACCUUCCUCGCCGACCCCGACACCGACGAGGUCUUCGCGCGCCUCAGGCUCCUGCCGCUCCGGAGCACGGACCUCGACGCCGACGCCGACGACAACGACGCCGCCUCGGAGGCUUCGGAGAAGCCGGCGUCGUUCGCGAAGACGCUGACGCAGUCGGACGCGAACAAUGGCGGAGGGUUCUCCGUGCCGCGGUACUGCGCGGAGACGAUAUUCCCACGGCUGGACUACUCGGCGGAGCCGCCGGUGCAGACGGUGAUCGCGAAGGACGUGCACGGCGAGGUGUGGAAGUUCCGGCACAUUUACCGAGGGACGCCACGUAGGCACCUUUUGACGACGGGUUGGAGCAGUUUCGUGAACCAGAAGAAACUGGUGGCGGGGGACUCCAUCGUGUUUCUGCGAGCGGAUAAUGGUGAUCUCUGCGUGGGGAUUCGUCGGGCGAAGAGAGGUGGGGUUGGUGGGCCUGAGGUGGGGAGUGGUUGGAGCGGCGGCGGCGGUGGUGGGCUUGGGCCUUAUGGGGCCUUUUGUGCAUUCCUUAGAGAGGAGAGCAAAGGGGCGAGGAAUGGGAGUGGGAGGCCCAAAGUGAGUGCUGAGUCUGUGAGAGAGGCUAUUAUGUUGGCUGCUGGGAAUCAAGCUUUUGAGGUUGUUUAUUACCCUCGUGCCAGUACUCCUGAGUUUUGUAUUCGCACUUCCGCUGUGAGAGCGGCUUUGAGGAUUCAGUGGUGCUCUGGGAUGAGGUUUAAGAUGCCCUUUGAGACUGAGGAUUCUUCCCGGAUUAGCUGGUUCAUGGGGACCAUAGCUUCUGUUCAGCUUCUUGAUCCCAUUCGCUGGCCUAAUUCCCCUUGGAGGCUUCUUCAGGUUACUUGGGACGAGCCAGAUUUGCUGCAUAAUGUGAAGCGUGUAAGCCCAUGGUUGGUUGAGUUGGUAUCCAACGUGCCGAUCAUCCAUCUGGCACCCUUCUCUCCACCAAGGAAGAAGCUUAGGUUUCCACAGCACCCAGAGUUUCCCCUUGACGUUCAAUUUCCAAUACCAACGUUUUCAGGCAACCCCCUUGGGUCUAGCGCUAGCAGCCCCUUGUGUUGUCUAUCUGAUAAUGCUCCUGCAGGCAUACAGGGAGCCAGGCAUGCUCAAAUUGGAAUAUCUUUGUCAGAUCUCCACCUUAACCUUAACCAUAAGCAGCUGCAGUUGGGUUUCCUUCCAACGAACUUUCGCCAGCUUGAUUUGCACACUGGGAUUUCUAAUGGAAACAUCACCAACCAUGGUAAGAGUAGAGAAAGUCUAUCAUGCUUGCUGACCAUGGGAAAUUCAAACAAGAGUUUGGAGAAAUCUGAUCAUGUGAAGAGACACCAAUUUUUGCUUUUUGGUCAACCGAUACUCACCGAGCAACAAAUUGCUAGAAAGUCUUCUAGUGAUGUGUUGUCUCAAAAUUGUACCGCCACGGAUGAUGAGAAUAAGGAGAAGGGGUUUCUUAGUGACUCCCAGUCUUCAGUUUCACCGGGAAAGUCGUCUUCCACUGCCGAAUUCUCUUGGCAACUCGGUUCGGACACCAGCAGUCAUUGCAAGGUUUUCAUGGAGUCAGAAGAUGUAGGACGGACCCUUGAUUUGUCCUGUCUUGGUUCUUAUGAAGAAUUGUACAUGAGACUGGCCAACAUGUUUGGAAUACAACGGUCUGAGAUGUUGAGUCAUGUUCUCUACCGCGAUGCAACCGGUGCUCUUAAGCAAACCGGAGAAGAGCCCUUCAGUGAAUUCAUGAAGACAGCAAAAAGAUUGACAAUUCUGACGGAUUCAAGCAGCAAAGAUAGAAGGGUCUGGAUCACAGGAACUCGGAAUGCUGAACAUGGAUUGGAUGCAUCAAAUAAGACAGGUCCUCUGAGUAUAUUUGCAUAAUAUGGUGUGGCAUGAUAGCAUCUGAGACAUUGUUUUUAGAUGUGAGAAGUUGAAGGACAUAGUUAUUACUCUGUUAGAAAAUGUUGAAGUCUUUGGUUUCGAGCUCCAAGUGUAGAGAAUAAUGAUUUUUCUUGUAUAAUGGACAAUUGCUAUUCUAAUAUUAAUUAAUUAAUGAACCCAGAUUUGGUUCUGCCCCGUCUGUUCUUCACUUGUUCUGGGAAAUUUUGAGUAUAGUCUGGGGAGUGUGAUCGAUCACACAGGGAAACUGUGGUCAAGAGUUCAAGCCACGCUCUGCCAUUUGUUGGUGUCAUGGUUAGUGUAUUUACGUGAUGAGGACUUUUGUAAGAAUUUUUUAAAGCAUGGUGACAAGGAUAAUUUCACAUUA